AUGGCCGGAGACGUUGUCAUCAGGUUGUCCGAGGGACUUGAAGGGAAAAAUCAUAAACUUUAUGCCGAUAACUUGUUCACAUCUAUGGCCCUCGUCCGAAAACUCAGCGAGGAUGGAAUAUGGUUUCUUGGGACGUGCCGUGCAAACCGUCUGCAAGGAGCGGAUAAGAAGCUAAAGCCCUUGAAGGAGCUCAAAGCAGACGGAAGGGGAAGCACAUCAAUUUGCACCUCAGUAGACAACAUCACAGUGACAAGGUGGCUGGACAACUCGCUUGUUCAUGUUGUUUCCAGCUAUGCAGGACGGCAGCCCGAAGGCACUACCAAAAGGUACAAUAGAAAAGAGAGCAAAGUAAUGGAUGUCACCAGGCCAUACUCUGUGGAAGUUUACAACAAACACAUGGGUGGUGUUGACCUCAUGGAUUCCUUGAUUGCAAGGUACAGAAAUGACGUCCGGAACAAAAAGGGCUACUUGAGAAUGUUCUUCCACCUACUAAAUGCAGCAGUUGUGAAUGCCAGGAUUGUGUGGUGGUGGGACAAAGGUGUGGAACAUUAUAUGGACCAACUUGAGUUCCGAAGUCGCGUUGCCAAGGCGCUCAUAUAUUCGCAGCGAAGCAGCACAGAGUUCGAAGCGACGAGGCCGGCCAUGCAACGAUUCUUCGCCAGCGCCUAUAAGAGAGUGCUCCAUCAUGUGUCCCUGGAAAAGAGGUUGGACGGCGGGCGCCAUUUCCUAAAGAAGAGCGACCAAAAGUACGCCAGCCGCUGUCGAAGUCUCGCCUGCCGCAGCAAGACAUGA